AUGCAAGAAGACUUCUGUCCUCCAAACGGGUCUCUAGCAGUACAAGAUGGCCGCAACAUCGCCUCAACAAUCAACCAUUUACUAGCAAAACCCGGGUUCGUGACUCGCGUUUUCACCAAAGACUACCAUCCAGCAAACCACAUAUCCUUUGCCCCCAAUCAUCCUGGACCGGAAAACAUACCUUUCGAAUCAUUCAUCGCAAUGAAGAACCCCGCAUCAGGCAAGGGAUCAGAAACAAAAGCACAGCGCCUCUGGCCAGUUCACUGUGUAGCCGAAACUGCCGGGGCCGAAAUUAUUCCCGAGAUCAACAUGUCGAGCGGCGACUUGGUCGUGCAUAAAGGCAUGCGCCCCGAUGUUGAAAUGUAUUCUGUCUUCGCGGAUUCCUUUGGGAACUGUGAUCCAGGAACGAACUCACACUCGGUCAGUAUGGAUGUUGCGGCAGUCCUCGCUGAACAAGGCACCACAGAUGUGUUCGUUGUUGGCCUUGCUGGAGAUUAUUGUGUUAAGGAUACUGCGAUCGAUGCUGCUAAGGCUGGAUAUAGAGCCUAUGUCGUCGAGGAGGGGACCAAGUGUGUUUUACCUGCUAGUUGGGAUGACAUCAAACAAGAACUGGUAGCUGCAGGUGUUCAUGUGGUUUCUAUCAACGAUCCUAUUUUCGAGGGAGUGUGA